AGGAAGACAAGUUAAGAUGGCGGACUGGCGGAGCUCCGCACUCACCUCCAGUCCGCCACACCAGCGCGUCGACGACCUCUUACAGUCUUCCCUCCACCACGACCGCGCGUCUUCGGGGGAGCAGCACCGGGUGGACAACUGCAGCACGAAGAUAGUCAGUCGGAAUGGCGGCGGGAAGCACAAGCAGCCGACGACAGAGCAAAAUCCUGCGGGCACUAGCCAGCUCUCACCCGCCGCUCAUCCGACCAGCUCGGAUCCGCAGGGACGGCUCGGUGAGCCGCUGCUGAGCAAAGCCCAGAGGCAGAGCCAAGAGAGACUGAAUGGACGUGGUGAAAAGGAGAAGCCGUCACACACCUCCAGAAGCAGUAGCCACCCCGGUAACAACAUCAGCGUUCCCUCUCCAGGAACGAGGGGAAACGGGGACCUGCUUCCGCUGAAAGCUGUGAACUCAUCCAGGUCACAACUCAGUUUGAAGGAGAAGAUGAAGAACAGCGUGAAGAAGAGGCACAAGAUGAGUAAUGAUAUCACAAGAGAGAAUGAGGGACAGCAGGACUUGGACCGGCUAUUCAUCAAAAAGGUGAAGAAGAAAAAGAAGAAGCACAAGCGAGUGAAGACCAACAAUUGCUCCAGCCAGACCGUCUGCUCUACUCUCACGCCUCCUCUCCCCGUCUCAUCACCGCCACACAAGUCUGACUCCUAUCCAGGCCUGCGGGGGCUGGAGUUUGCCCCCUACAUUCACGUGGAGAAGCAUCCUAACGGUGGUGCACUGGUGCUGCACGCCUUCUCCUCUCAGCUGAAAACACUGAGCGAAGGCCAGAGGCAGAGGUUUGCCGAGGAGUUUGUGAGCCUGUCAUUCAGCGAGGACUUGGCACAGGCGGCCCACUACGUAAUGGGAAUUGUUCAUGGAGAAUCUGGUUACCUGCCUGACUUCCUUGAGUACUUCUCGUCCAAAUUCCCAUCAGCGCCAGUCAAGAUGGAGAUAAUGGGGAAGAAGGACAUUGAAACCACCACUAUGGCCCAGUUCUACUCUCAGGUUAGGAGGACCUACAGUCAUGGCACAUACCGAGCCGGAGCCAUGAGACAGAUCAGUCUGGUGGGAGCAGUGGAUGAGGAGGUGGGGAACUACUUCCCAGAGUUUCUUGGAAUGUUGGAGCAGUCGCCCUUUCUGCAGAGGACGCUCCCAUGGGGGACGCUGUCCAGUCUCAGCAGGAUGGCACCCACAGACAGUGACGACGGUCCCAUCAUGUGGGUGAGGCCUGGAGAGCAGAUGAUCCCUGUGGCCGACAUUGCCAAGAGUCCUUUCAAGAGGAGACGGUCCACUAACGAGGUCAGGAACCUGCUCCAGUCUCUGACCAGAACCAGCGAGCCUAGAGAGAUGCUGUAUGAGGACAGAACCCGUGCUCACGCUGACCACAUCGGCCAAGGCUUUGAGCGGCAGACCACCGCAGCUGUGGGUGUGCUGAAGGCCGUGUGCUUCGGGGGAGGGGUGGAGCCUCCUCGUGUCACCAAAGAUGUAGUGUGCUUCCACGCCGCCGAUUUCCCGUAUGUUGUCCAGCGACUGCAGCUGGACCUGUAUGAGCCGCCGCUGUCUCAGUGCGUCCAGUGGGUGGACGAUGCUAAACUCAACCAGCUGCGGCGAGAAGGAAUCCGCUACGCUCGCAUCCGCCUCCGUCAUGAUGACGUCUACUUCAUCCCACGAAAUGUGGUCCACCAGUUCAAGACGGUGUCUGCGGUCUGCAGCCUGGCAUGGCAUGUGCGACUAACGCAAUAUCACAAUGAGCACCAGGAGGCGCUCAGUGAGGAAACUCAGAAGGACAAGAGAGGAGACAGGAACGCUACUGUGGACACUGGGUCAUCAGUCAAACAGGAGAGUGUUCGCCAUCGUCACUCGAUAAAUUCAUUUCAGAAAACUGCGGUCCCCUCAUCAUCUUCAUCUUCACAUCCCACUUUACAUCAUCAUUCUUCUGUACGAUCCUCCAAGUCUUCCACCAAUUUGAUGGCCGCAGCGUCAACAUCGCUUCCACCACCUUUGCCGUCACCUCUGACCUCCUCAUCCCCAACUCCUUCCAUGUCAGAACAACCAAAGCUGUCGAAGCGAGACAGUCCUGCCCAGAAACCCAAACUGCCACACAGCAGCACAACACAACAGAGCCCCUCAAGUGUGCGUGCUGGGGGGACCUCACAUAGCUCUGUUUGGACACAAAUGACAUCGUAUAGCAACUCAGGUACUCAUGUUAGCAAAUCAGCACAUUCUGGUUCCAAGACCUUUGCUAGCAAGUCGACACAUCCCAACACAAGGGCUCCUGCUAGCACAGUGACACAACGUGGCUCUAGGACUCCUGCUACCACAUCACCACAAGACACAAGGACUCCUGCUACCACCGCAACACAAGACUCAAGGACUCCUGCUUCCUCUGCUAAACACAUCUCAAAGACACCUGCUAGCAUAGCAGCGCCUCCCAACUCAAGGACUCCGGAUUGUACAGCAAUGCACCAUGACUCGAAGACUCCUACUUGCUCAGUGACACAUAUCGACUCGAUGACUCCCACUUCCAAGGUGUCAGCCCCUGAAUGUAGGUCACAAGCCAGGUUGACUCACACUGGCUUGAACUCACAUGCCAACUCGAGGACACAGUCUGGCGUGCCGGCACUCUGUGACUCAAGGACCUCUGCAAGCACGGCAGCCAGUGUUAAUGCUGCUUCACAAGUGCGACUUCUGCCUGAUCCUCGGCCAUCAUCAGACUCAUGGAAUGCGGGCAGGAACUCCAUGGUUACUUUUGACGCGCAAGCACAUGCACACAGACACUACACUACACACUUCUCUCGUGCUCCUCUUCCUCCAACCUUUACGCCUCUCUGUACCUCCUCCCACUACUCUCAUGGACCCCCAGCAUCCCUUCAUAGGCCCUCUCAUCUACCUCCAUCCUACGUUAGUCAUCCUCACCCCUCUUCUCAGUUCCAUCUGCCCCCCCCUCACCCGCCUGAGAUGACCCCCUACUUUGCUCCUCCGCCCUCAAAUAGCUUCUAUCCCCCACCGUUCCCUUCUCCCCCAUUCUUGCCCCCACAGCCCUAUGUUGCUGCCCCACCAUCCUACCACCAGUAUCUCUUUCCACUGACCCAUCCCUUCCCACCCCCUCCUCCCCCUCCACCAUCCUGCUCCGAGUCCCCACCACCUCCACCACCUCCCCCUCUGCCCCCUUCCCCAUGAGCCUGGCUGUGUGAGGACAAUCAGGCCUCACAGCGUAUUUAAAAUUAUAAAUGCAUUUCUGAAGAUAGCUGACAAUUAAGUCAGCCGAUGACUUGUCAGGAUAUGUUAAGACACUAUUUGAAUCUUUUAUAUUAAAAGUAUCCGGUGUUCAUGGGGCGUGACCAGAGCCUUGUCCAACAUCCAAGCUGAAGCAGCACGGCAGCUCAUUUGAAACUCCGCUUUUACAGAUGUUUUUGUAUGUGUCUUAUUUAUUUACUUGUUUUAGUAAACUGACACUGUUGACUGAAACUGGCUGUACAUGGACACUGCUGUUGCCCCUAACUGACCUGUCUGUUGUUGACAACACUCCUGGCUGAACUGUUGUUGUAGUCUAAUACCAACACUGAAGCUGAGUGCAAUGCUGCUAACGGUUGCUACAUCAUAGCGGAGUAAGCUAGUUUUGAGUGUGAACCGUCCUAACUAUAACUGACCAAGAGCUAACACACCAGUGCAUCUCUGAGCGUGUCUUGAUAACUCGUGGAAGAAACGACGUCCGCCAAACCUCGGCUAGUCACUGUCGGUUUGCGACUAGGUGUUGUUGAGCAAUAUGUGUUGUCACAGAGCUGUGAAGUCCUGUGUGGGGCAUGACAUGACGAUUCCAAGCCAAAGUCUAUAAAAAAGUUUUUAUUGUUAAAAUAAAGCUUCCUGUCCACUACAUUGACACAGCGAUGAGCUCGG